AUGGCAUAUGAACUACUCGGUCUAGAAUUGCAGAUUUUCCUCAACCGAGGGGGCCCCAUAAACUGGGAAUCUGCUCACCGAAUGCCAAACCGUCAAGUGUCGGCCUUAUGGAACUUGAUGAGGGUAAUUGUGGAUAUCCGGAUGCUAGCUAGCAGUGCCCUAGUGAAGAAAGAAAAAAAAAUUCUUCCUUCGCACCUCUCUGUGGGGAGGGCGUACGUCAGAAGUUUGGAGAGUGACGGUGUUGGUGUUGGUAUUGAUGUUGAUCAGUUAUGCCAUGCCGGCUUUUCUUUCUAUGAUGUAGGUGUUGAACGUUGA